AUGGCCCAUAAUGGGAUAAAACGCAAGCGCGAGCCUGAUGACUAUGGUGAUCCAGUUAUACCUCCUCCACCCGUCGGCGACAGCAGAUUCGGAGUUGGACAGACAUUGUCAUUUCUACAAGACUCGGUACCGUCACCCACAGAACAGUCAGUCACCAGUAUCGACAUCGCUGUCGAUGGUGUGAAAUUGAUGAAUGCCAAAAGCGACAAGAAGAAGAGGCGAAGGGGCGACGAUGGCGAGAAAAUCAAAUACCCGACGCUAACAUAUGUCGAGGGGAGGCUACAAUCUUCAAUCCGUAUUGCCGACUUGCAGGGCUUACUGCUGUAUUGCUUUGCGGAUGGCGUUGCACCGCAAUGGAUCUCAAUGAGACAUUCGGGCCAUGUGAGGAAAAUAGCGGUUCUCAUGGUUCCAGGACUGGAAAUUGGCAUGUUUGAUGGAUCGGUAUCAUUAGAAACGCAGUCACCUAAUAACGAUGUCCGUAACGAGGAGCCCAAUAAAGAAGAUGAGGAAAAACUGGAAGAUGACGAGGAUGUUGACUUUGAGCGAUGGAAACAGGGUCUACCUGUAGCUGACAAGUCUCACCGCUUUAAUCCCCGAGCCCUUUCCAAAGAGACACUGCCAGAGCCAUUACAAGAACUAGCAGACAUCUUCCCUCACAUAUGGCCUGUCAAAGCUCCCGGCGACAAAAAAUACAACAAAGUACACUCACCUCUACAAGCUAUUCUACUCUCCCAACUACCAAAGACUCCUGGCGAGGUUAAAAAAGGACCCCGCCCCCCAAGACUGGACAAAAGCUUUGUACCCAAACGAACACCCAUUACUGUUUUUGUCAGCUCCAAAGAAGAUUUGCGAGAAAAUGAUUACGUCUUACACCCUGCCCUUCUUUCUCCCGACGAAAAAGCAGCAGAGGCAGAAAUACGUCACCAACUUAGCACUUCUGCAGACCAUGGCUGGGUGGAUUCAAAUAUCGAAUCAGUUGCCCAGGGAGUGCCUCCCGAAGUCGACGUUCAAGAAGGGAGCAUGACCGCGGGCCGGGAAGUACUAGGCUUGGAUUGCGAAAUGUGUAUCACGGAAGGGGGAAAAUCCGAACUCACUCGCAUCAGUUUGGUGAGGUGGGAUGGCGAGGUGCUUUUGGACAAGCUCGUCAAGCCGGACUUGCCAGUCAUCAACUACCUGACUCAAUAUUCCGGUAUUACAAAAGAAAUGCUUGACCCUGUAACCACCACCCUAGCAGACAUUCAAAAGGAGCUUUUGGAAAUUCUUACUCCUCGUACUAUCCUUGUUGGGCAUUCGCUAAACUCUGACCUUACCGCUCUCAAACUCACACAUCCAUUUAUUGUCGACACGGCUAUUAUCUAUCCCCACCCGCGUGGUCCUCCGCUGAAAAGCUCACUGAAAUGGCUUUGCCAGAAAUAUCUCGGCAAGGAGAUCCAAAAAGGUCACACAGGCCAUGAUUCAAUCGAGGACGCUCGCUCUGUUCUUGAACUCGUCAAGCAGAAAUGCGAGAAGGGUGAACAUUGGGGCACCUCUGACGCAAAUAACGAGAGUAUAUUCCGUAGACUCGGGAGGUCCGUUAAAAGCGGCAAACCAGAAGGCCGUACCGGUGCGAUCAUUGACUGGGGCAGUCCUGAGCGAGGAUUUGGGUCUCAAGCCACGGUUUCUAUUGGGUGUGACACCGACGAUCAAGUUGUGGAUGGCAUGAAGCGUGCUUUGUGUGGUGAUGAUUCUGACACCAACAUUCCUGGUGGAGGAGUUGACUUUGCGUGGGCGCGUCUCCGGGAACUUGAGGUAGUCCGAGGCUGGUGUAAUCGCCGGCCAGAUCCCAACAACGCGAAUGCAUCAACUGCUAUCAUUCAUCCUCCCGAGGAGACUACUCCAACUACCUCUACUACGGCCUCGGUACCGCCAUCCACAUUAGCAUUGACAGUGUCAAAGACCAUCCACAAGAUUAAAAGAAUAUACGAUUCCCUUCCUUCCUGUACGCUUUUUAUUGUGUACUCAGGUACUGGUGACCCGCGCGAAGUUUCUCGGUUGCAUGCUAUGCAUAAACUUUAUCGGGAUGAAUUCAACGCCCGCAAAAAAUGGGACGAACUGAGUGUGAAGUGGUCUGAUACCGAGGAGCAAUUGCUCAAACGAGCAUGUGAACGGGCUCGAGAAGGAUGUGGGUUUAUGUGUAUCAAGUAG